AUGUCUUCUCCAGAUAGCCGUGCCAGCGUGAAGCGGCCAAGGACCCAAUCUCUGCCGCCACCUGCGUUGCCGCAGCUCGUGGCCGAGCAGAAAACUCCCAUUGCAUCGACCGACAAGGACUCGCAGCGACUUAUCGUCGUCUUGUCAAAUGCUAGCCUUGAAACGUACAAAGCCUCGCAUGGUGGCGCUGGUCGCAAUGGAGCCCACCGUGAGGACAAAUAUUCGCUGCUCAACAGCGACGAGCACAUCGGAGUCAUGCGCAAAAUGAACCGGGACAUCAGCGACGCACGCCCCGACAUCACGCACCAGUGCCUCUUGACCCUUCUGGACUCGCCCAUCAACAAAGCUGGCAAGCUUCAGAUAUACAUCCACACCGCCAAGGGUGUGUUGAUUGAAGUGUCUCCCUCCGUUCGCAUCCCUCGUACGUUCAAGCGAUUCGCCGGUCUCAUGGUGCAGCUUCUCCAUCGGCUGUCCAUCCGGUCGACGAAUUCCAACGAGAAGCUACUGCGGGUGGUGCAAAACCCAAUCACCGACCACCUUCCUCCGAACUGCCGCAAAGUCACGCUCAGCUUCGAUGCCCCCCUUGUGCGUGUUCGCGAGUACGUGGAAUCGGUGGGCGGCAAGGAGAGCAUCUGCGUCUUCGUCGGUGCCAUGGCCAAGGGUGCCGACAACUUCGCCGACUCUCUCGUGGACGAGAAAAUAUCCAUCAGCAACUACUCAGUUUCGGCCAGUGUGGCCUGCAGCAAGUUUUGCCACGCGGCCGAAGAUGCUUGGAACAUACUCUAG